AUGAAGUCCCUUCUCGUCGCCAGUCUCGCCGUCGCGGGCGCGUACGCCCAAAGCGGCGCCUGGGGCCAGUGCGGCGGUAACAACUGGUCCGGCGCGACGUCCUGCGUCGCCGGAUACACCUGCACGUACCAGAACGACUGGUACAGCCAGUGUCUACCCGGCGCGAACCCGGUGACCACGACCACGGCCAAGACCACGAGCACCAGCACGACCAGGGUCAGCUCCACGCUGACGACGUCGACCCGCGCGGCCACCACCACCGCCACGAACCCCGGCACGUCCAAGAAGUUCAAGUGGUUCGGCGUGAACCAGUCCGUCGGCGAGUUCGGCUCGGGCGCCUACCCCGGUACCCUCAUCUCCCAGGGCUACAACACGUUCCGCGUCGCCUUCGCCAUGGAGCGCAUGGCCGUCGGCAGCGUGACCAACGAGUUCGACGCCGCGUACCUGAGGAACUACACCGCCACCAUCAACCACAUCACCUCGAGCGGAGCAUGGGCCACCUUCUGGACCCGCCUCGCCAACCAGUUCAAGAGCAACGACAAGGUCAUCUUCGACACCAACAACGAGUACCACACCAUGGACGCCUCCCAGGUCCUCGCCCUCAACCAGGCCGCCAUCGACGGCAUCCGCUCCACCGGCGCCACCAACUACAUCUUUGUCGAGGGGAACCAGUGGUCCGGCGCGUGGUCGUGGACCAUCUACAACACCAACAUGAUUAACCUCGUCGAUCCCCUCAACAAGAUCGUCUUCGAGAUGCACCAGUACCUCGACUCCGACAGCUCCGGUACCUCUACCGCCUGUGUUUCCACCACCAUUGGUGUCGAGCGCGUCACCGCCGCGACCAAGUGGCUCAGGGAUAACGGCAAGCUCGGUUUCCUCGGCGAGUUCGCGGGUGGUGCCAACGACCAGUGCAAGCAGGCCGUCACCGGCAUGCUCAACUACCUCCAGGACAACAGCGACGUCUGGCUCGGCGCUCUCUGCGGCACGGGCUACCAGUACUACAACACCCUCCUCAAGCAGUACAACGCUUAA